AUGAUAUUUACAAUUGAGAAGGAGGUGUUUGGUUUUGAGCGUCAAACCUUCGUCUUGAUUGAAGAUAUUACACAGUUUGCAGCCAUGGAUGAAAUUGGGGCUACUGUGGUUGUUGUAUACAUGAGCCGUCAUUGGGUCUUAGUCAUUGUGAGACCAAAGAGGGAGACUGUGUAUUUUCUGGAUCCACUACCCGGAAAUCGAGUGGUUGAUGAUGAGUGCAAAAACAUUGUAAAACGCAGACAAGGUUGUAAAGCACCUAUUUGGAAAACUCUACAAGGCACACCAAAGCAACCCAGCAAUGUAGAGUGUGGCUAUUAUGUCAUGCGCUUUAUGAGAGACAUCAUCACAGAUCCUUCUUUGGAGUUUGUGAAGAAGAUUGAAAAGGGCAAAGAUCAAGCACCAUACCCCCAAGAAGCCAUUAAAGAAGUGUGGAAAGAAUGGGCAGAUUUUAUUUGCCUUCAUAUGGACUAG